GACAAGAAAGGAGGAGGAGAGGGAGAGCAUAGGGAGGACAAGAAAGGAGGAGGAGAGGGAGAGCAUAGGGAGGACAAGAAAGGAGGAGGAGAGGGAGAUGCCAAUGCUUGGUGCUCCUGAGCUGAUGGAGAAGGGAAUAGGGAGGAAAAGGAGGAGGAGGCGGUGUCUCCAGGAGUCACUCACCCAGAAAGACCAAUCAGAACAGCUGCAGGGCACUAACAUCACAGAGAGGAGCAAAUCAGGGCCUCCAGAGCCCAAAGCGGCCCACAAGAUGGAAGGCAACAAGAUGGACUCCCACAGGAGUGAGUCUCGGUCAGGACGGAGUGAGGAGGGUAGUCAGCUUGAGGCAGACGGGGACAGAGGGGAGAAAGAAGAAAGAGCAGAUAAGGGGGAGAGAACAGAGAUAGGAGAGAGAGAGGAGAAAGGAGCGAGGGUGAUGAGUGGGGCCAACAUGGAAUCAGCCAUGAUCCAGAGCUGGAUGAGAAAGAACCCAGUUGGCCAUCCUAGAUCAGCCACAGAUCCCCACAAACACCCUGAUCCUAACCCUAGCCCCAGACUGCCUAGCCCUAACCCCAACCAUAUCCCUAGUUCAAGAUCCACUCUCAACCCUAACCCUAGAUCGCCCAACCUAAGCCCCAUAUUUAACCCUAACCCCAACACUAGCCUAAAACCCAGCCCUAACCCCAGCUCCAAACUCCCCAAGACCAAGGACCGGUGGUCCUACCUGAAGUCCCGAAGCCUCCCCAACCUAGUCCAGAGGGAGAGUGGCCGCAGCCCCCUGUCAACUAUGUGUGAGCCUCCCUCUGCCUUCCCCAUCACCCCCUCCAGCCCCCUGUACACCAACACAGACAGUCUGACUGUCCAUACCCCCGCCAAGCGCAAACGAGGUCGUCCCAAAAAACAACCCCUGCUCACUGUAGAAACCAUCCACGAGGGCACCUCCACAUCCCCCCUGAGCCCUCUGGCCCGGGACAGCCCUGCUGGGCUCAGCCGUAGGAGACAGACCACACUAUCCCAAAUCGCAUCUGGUUCCACUAGCCCCAAUAUUAAUGAGUUGAAACUGAAGCGUGGUGAGGGUGCCCAUGUCAGGCCGGUGAAGAGGUUGAAGCUGGGGAAGGUGCAGAGCAUCCUGAAUGAGAUCCUAUCAUGCUCCAGCCAACAUGGCAGCCUGGCGCUGAAGUCCGCCUCGGCUCCGGUCUCUUCCGCCAUGACGGUCAUGGCCUCUACCAUUGAGGCUCGUCUGGGAAAGCAGAUCAACGUCAGUAAAAGAGGAACCAUCUACAUCGGGAAGAAGAGGGGGAGGAAGCCGCGCUCUGACACCCAAACCCUUCCCCCCAGAGGUGGGGGGACCAAGCCCCCUGUGCCUGCCUCCAUGUCCAGCCUGUACAACAGACUCCUAGUGCCUUCCUCCCCCCCUCUCAGCUCCAGUACCCUCCUCCUCAGACCCCACACCCUGUCCUCUCUGUGCCACCCCAGCCCUCAUGGCCUCCACUCUGACGCCACCAUGCCCAGCCUGCAGCCCAUCAGUGCCCUGCCCUCUAAACCCCCAGGCAGGGGGCUACUGGGGGCCGGCUGGAAGCUCUCUCCCCCGCGCCUCCUGGCCAACUCCCCAUCCCACCUAUCUGAGGGGGCGGCGUCCAUCAAGGAGGUGACGCUGUCACCCAUCAGUGAAUCACACAGCGAGGAGACUAUUCCCAGCGACAGCGGCAUAGGGACAGACAACAACAGCACCUCUGACCAGACAGAGAAGGGGACCAACGCACGACGCAGGUACUCCUUUGACCUGUGUGGGUUUGAGGCUGCGGAGUCUGCCGUUCUGCAGGCAUCCAGUCGCGGCAGUAGGGGUCGCUGUGAGCAGCCGGCAGUGGUGGACAACUUCCUGUCCCACCAGGAGAAGAAGCAGAAACACCGCAGGAAGAGGAAGUGUUUGCAGAGCAGAGACCACCUGAACUUCCUGUCUGAGCUAGAAGAGGUGGUGGUAAAGCUGCAGCAGCUACAUGUGUCCCACCGACGCUACGCCUCCUGCUACCCCCAGCAACCCUACCCCUCCAUCUUCCGCCUCAACUUCCACCAUCACUACUACCCCCUGACCUAUGACCCCUACCCCUGUGAUCCCGCCCCGUACCUUCGCAGGACCGCCGAGCUCAAGGCCAAGAGGAGGCGCGGCCGGCCCGCCAAAACCAGCGAGCCAAUCACAUCCAAGCUGCCUUUUGUCCAGGGUUUUGGGUAUCCGCUGGCGGGGGGGAACUACUAUGCACCAUAUGCCAUGCCUUAUGCCCCGCCUCUGAGCCUGGGCUACUACACCCCAUCACCCCCACUCUACCUUCCCCACCAUCCCCACGGCCCUUCACCACCCUCCCCCUUCAUGAGGCCUGCCGUCCCCCCUCCGAAGUUCCACUCUGGGGGCCACUCCAAGCUCCAGGCAUCUAGCGGCCCACUGCAGGGCUCCUCUGGUCGGGGAGAAGGACUGGGAUCCCUGGGUGGUGGAGGUCUUGGAGGGGUGAGGCUCCACAAGAGGAAACACAAGCACAAACACAAACAUAAGGAAGAGACCAACCUCCUCUCACCCCAUGACAGACAGGAGCUGGGCGGGCUCUUCAGCGGUGCCAAGACCAAUGGGCUGCUCAACCUGCUGACGGACAGGUGGGAGAUGACCAACCAGAAGCGUCAGGAGAAGCAGACGGGGGGUGGGAGAGGCUCUAGAGGGGGAUCCAGGGGAGCGAUGUUUGAGUCGAACCCUCUCUCUUCUCUCUCUGUGGACCAUGUCCAGUUCCGCCAACGCACACCCGGAGAGCCAGUGUGCAGCUUUGUGAGCAACUACAGCAGCCAAUCACUGCGGCCAGAUUUGACCUCUGACCUUUUCAGAUUGCGGGAGGAGAAGGAGGAGGGCAGUGGGCAUGGCAGAAGGAGGGGCUUAGCAGUGUUCGGAGAGGAAGGGGUGAUGUCGUUCCACAAUGCCAGGAAAGAGAAGAUCCAUGAAAGAGAAGAGUCCUUCCACAGUUCCAGCCCCACUCUAACAGGUGUUCCAGGUAAGAGGAGAUAUAAGCGUCAUGAGGUGGAACAGAUCCACGGUGAGGUCAGGAGGAUGUGUUCUCUCAACAAUCAGAGGAGCUUUGAGCACGUGCAGAAGAUCCUGCGUGUGAAGCGUCUCCAGCGCCAGGCCAAGACCGGCAACAACGUUGUCAAAAGGCGACCUGGUCGCCCCCGGAAACACCCCAUUGAUGAAUUUGAACCCAACAAUUACGGGAGCGACAUAGGGAGGGGCUUCGGGAUGCCGGUGCUGGAGAGGUGUGUGGACCUACCGGGCAAGCGGAGCUUAAGACCAAGUCCCGCCCCGCAGCCUCUGGAGUUUUCCAAUCACGACUCAAUCUCAGUGGCUAUUGAGACGGUAGUUCACAGAGCACGUUCUCUGGCACCCCCACUGACCAGAGGAGGGAAACGCAGGGGUAGACCCAGGAAGGAAGAGGGAGGGGAUAUGGCGUUUCAUUAGCUAAUCAGUCAGCAGGACAGUUGCAGAUACAGAUGAGCUCUGACCUAUCAGAGAGCUGGUGAGAGGAGCUAACACUGGCCUUAGCAGCCAAAACGGACAUCAAUUCUGGGACCUCUGUGCACUUUGACCUAUUGGCCUGUCUGUUUCUCUUCUAUGAUUGGAUGUAAGGAGUGUGUAAGGAGAGUAACAUUAGAAGAGCAACAGUGUUGCACUUCUGAAGAUGGACAAUGACACUUACCAUACAUGUAUGUGAAACAAUGAUGCGUAUGGUACUUUAAUAUGAUACUGUAUGGUACUUUAUGGUACAAUAUCUGAUACUAUAUGGCACUAUUUGAUAAGGUACUGUAUGAUACUAUUGUACUAUACGGUAUGAAAUACAAUGGUACUUUAUGAUAGUCUUUAUCUGAAUGUGGCAUUAGCCACACCUUUACCAGCAGACGGGGGGUGGUGAUUGGUUAAUAUGAUAUUGUGCAGCUCUGCUUAGUUUUGCCCCCCCCCUGCCGCAGAGAUACUAUAAAGGCAAUAUGCUGUACUGAGCCUCCCUGGCCUUUACAGCUAUGAUCUAACUGUACAUAGGAACAUACUCCACUUUUACCCGCCUUUUACCCCGCAGAAUACAGUCCAUUUACAUGUACUGGCUCAUAUCAAACUGAAAUGUUGUACCAUAGUCCAUAAACGUUGGGAUUGUGGUUUUAUAACCAAAAAUAGACCUGGAUGUGACUCAGGACAUGUUUGUUUUCAGGUUGAAGGAACCACAUCUAUUCAUUCAUUUAUUCUGUGUAUAUAAGAAGGUCAUCACAUACAUGGGAAUAUCAGGGGUGUUUGGUGAAACCUUAAAGGUCAACUUUGGGCAAAAACACAAAGAUAAUGCUUUUUAACUGUAUAACUGAUCAAUGCUCCAUCAUACCAGGUCAUUCAAUGCAACAACAAAAAAUAUAUAGAUAAGAUAUUUGGCUAAAGAAGUGCCAUUUCCUACCGAUCUCUACAGCUUCUGUCCAAAAACAAAUCCUGUGAAAUGACUUCUACACAUGGAGGAGAUACUGGCUAGCUACAGUGGCUAGCUUAGCUACAAACUAGCUACGUCGGUCGCAGCGUAAGAACAGAAUGACACGUCGAUGAACCACCAAACCACCAAAACCCCAUUUCUGUUUGAAAAUUGAGAAAGAGGCGGGGUUGGACCAUUUUUUUGUUCCCAAUGUCGACCUUUAAAGAUGGUUUUAAUUUGCUAUCUAAACAUACACUUUCAUUUAAUCAAAGUCAGCACUUACAUACUUGUUCUAGCCUUACGAUUUGGCCUUGACUUCAUUGGUGGACAUCCAUUCAGAAACGUGUUUUAAUGUAAACUAUUUGAAUAUGCAGGAUGCUCAGCCAAUGGCGUCAAACCUAAGCCCAAGCCUGAGAUUUGAUUGGACAGUAAAGAUGGAGGAGGACUAAUGAUCAGUGUGUGGUACUCUGAUGGUUUCUAUCUGAGUAGUGGUAGGAAAAUAACAUGAGUAGUGGUAGAAAAACAACAAUUAAGUAUUGGAAUAGGGAACCAAAGCCUCAGAGUUAUAUGUAUUUCACAGACUUGUCAGACAGGUGUGGGGUUGUCAGUGUUCUCAUUCUGCAGCUAAACACACAGGACAUUAGAUGUUAGCUAGCUAGAAUGUUUUCAGUAUUUCAUAAAAUAGCAGUAGGUACGUAUUUCAUUGGGACCUAUGUCUAAUGUAAACUUGGGAAGCCUCUCCUCUCUCUGUGAGGGUAUUGUCAGCUCCAGCAGUUCUGCACGUGCCUUAUGUUUGUUUCUUAAACCAUCACAUCUCAUUCUGUGGGAAUUAAAAAUGGCAGAGAAGUCACUGAGAUUGAAACCACGUACUAAUGAUUGUGCAUUUUCGACACGUGUGUCUUAGCCACCACAACACGGGCACUACCUAUGUCCCUUUGCAGCCAUACGUACAACAGGCCUGAUUCCAUUUAAGGUUUCACGCCCCUUAUGCUCACCCCUGGCUCUUUGGAUUGAACAGAUAAAAGAGCUCUGUGAAGCACUCUAUUGGAGAGAAAGGUGGAUCCAUCACCAUGCAGUCUUUUAAUAUCUGAGCUGUGAGGAGCACAGGUGGUAGGAGCCAGGGAAAGUGGACUUGAAUCUAAAUGGAACCAGGCCCCCCGGGCUGUGGGCGUGCAGGCUGUGCCAGUGGAGUUCUGGUGGGAACCAUGCUGUCUUACGUAGUUGUUUGCUAUGCAUCAGGUCUGGCCUGAGCUGUCUGAGGAGUCCACCCUUCCACAUAGACAAAUAAGUGUCUUAUUUACCCAAUAAAACAUGCAGUCAUGUAUCCAGAAGUGUGAAUAAUAUCAGUAAUAAUUUGUAAAGCGUUGUGCAGAAGGUGACUAUCAUUUCAUGUCAACUUUAGUGACUGCAGCUCCCUGCAGUGCUGCCUUAAUCAGAAGUCAAGCUCCAGUAGUGAAGUGUUUAUCUGUUGUAAAUAGUCUGUUCUGUUGUGUUCUGCCUGCAUGGAUACAAACUGGCCUCAGCUACAUAUGCUGGCAUAUCCCCUCAGACCAACCUAAGCCCAUCCUAGAACACAGACCCAUCUUAGUCAACAUUAGACAUUACAACCAGCAAUACCCCUUUAGUCAGUCUCUAUCCAUCAAUUAGAAAAGUCAUCAAACAGUCAUAGCAAGGUUAAGAUCCCAGGACCUGUGCCAGCCUAUGAUAAUGACUCUUGUUGCACUUCAGCCAAGACCAAGAACCCCCAUUGGCUAGCAGCUAUACUCCCCUCAGCCAAUGGGUGCCUAGUGCAGAAGUGCGUGUGUGUGUGUGUGUGUGCACAGAGGGCAUUACCAAACCACGUACUCAGACCACGUGCUCAGAGGGCAUUACCAAAUAUACACCUGUCCUUGUCAGUGUGUGUGUCAGUUCUAGGCCACUUAGAGAGAACAGAGACUGAACUGGAUCUCAUAACCAAACUACACCUUUCACAGGAGGCCUGGAUCUCUCUAACCGGGUCUGGGUGUCUGAGUGUGGUCUAGUGGUAGUCUAGGUUUGGUAUAAGGGGUCUAGAUGUGGUAUAGUUGCAGUCUAAGGGGUCUAUAGACUUCAAGCUUGGCAGCUCAGUAUUCCAUGGUUGGUCUCUGAUGUUGGAGUUAAGCCACUGGGGUCUGUCUGUUUCUCUACCAGCCGAUGUUCCGGUGCCUUCUACAGCUGACUAGUAUUGUCCUGAUCCUCUGCUUAACUACACACAGAGACCGACCGCAUGGUCCAGUACGGUCAAUGUGGGUUUUACGGUCCCUGUUGUGUACUGGAUUCUGUAUUCACUCUGGUCCAACUGUGUGGCUGGUAUGACUACAAGUAGAAGUUUCCCUUAACCACAGAUCCAGGAUCAGAUCACCCAACCCUAAAUCAUAACUUUCAUUAUCAGGGGGAUGAAAGAACAUCUUGUCCUGGAUCAGUGGUUAGGGAAGAGUUCGACCCCUCCACACUCAGACCAGUCUGACUAGUCCACUGGAGCUGAAUACAGCCACUGGAGCUGAAUCAUACUGUAUGCAUCUCAAAUCACUCCCUACACCCUAAGUAGUGUACUACUACAGAAGACUAUAUGGAAAAUAUGGAGUUAUGUGAGAAGCAGCCACAGUCUCUACUAAUAUGUGUAGUCAUUAACAUAUAUGUUAUGUUUCUACGCUAUAUUGUUGUUCAACGCUGAACAUGCAGAUGAAGGGUCGAUGAGGAAACCAAUAAAUGUACUUUGCAAGAGCACAAAGUGAGCUCUUAACUGUGUUGGCAUAUUUGAGUUUGUAUACAUAGUGUAUUUGAACCUUUUUACUAGAGUGGGUUUUCUUUUAUUUGCAUGCUCCACUUGAUUGUAUUCAUCAAUAUUUUAGACAAGCGGAGAAGUUGAAUUUCAAUUGAAUUUGGAGCAAGACUUGUACAUUGUUUGAUAUGUUUCUUUUUGUAAUGGAUUUUUAAUUCAUAAAGCAUUUUUGUACAUUGUAUGAAUAUAAAAAAAUUGCAAAUAUUUGACAUAUAGAAAUAAGUAAAUACUUAGAUGGGCAUGCAUAUGCAUAUAUCCUUCUUAGUAUGUAUGUGGAAAUGUACACAUAUUUUGUAUUUGCCUUCGCUCAUAUACAGAUAUAUGUCAUAUGCACAUAUACAUGCAAUAUAUAUGUAUAUCCAUGUCUGCUGGCAUGCUUCUGGUCAUGUUUACCUAUCAUGAUCUUGUAGUCUAUUUUUUUUAUUUCUUUUCUCUGAGGAAAAGCUUGUUCUUUUGCUACCGUUUUCCUGGCUGGCAGCAUUGGGCACUUAUUAAGAUGAAAUACAGUUGAACUUGUUCAUGUUAUUCAUUGUGUGAAAUAAUAAAUGAAUUUAUUGAAAGCU